ACUUCUUAACAGAAAUAACCGCUCUUGCAAACCACAAAUUUGGCGCUUCUCUCUCAUAGAAUACCCCCCCCCCAAAGCAAGAACAGUACAGUGCAUCAAUGGCUGUGGAAGAUAACACUCAAAUUGAGCUUGAAAGUAAGAUGCUAUUUUCAGAAUUGGAUCAUUUCAUUGCAAAAUCACAAGAAAAGAGUGAUCGCUGCUCCAAAGAAAUCAUUGCUGCCAAGUCCUUCAAGAUAGAAAUUGAAGCAUCAGUUAUCACAAGAAACAAUCUUGAUCAACAAGUAAGGGCCAAGAUUGAUAAAGCAAGGCAAUGGCUGAAUCAGAAGAUAGAUGAAUUCAAGACAAAAGAAGGUAGUCAUGAGGAUAUAGGGCUGAUUGCUGCAUCGCCGAUUUCAAGCAACUCCAAGCAGAAUUUCUUUCAGUGCUUGCCUUCUGAUCCGGAAGCAAUGGCUGCCGACCACCGUAAGUCUAGUCUUCAAGGAGGCACUGAGCAACUGAUGAGUACUGCUCUUGGCAUUUCGGAGGAUACAUUGCCUGGUUCUUGGAAUCCCUUACCUGAGGAAAUUGAGCGGGUCAAGGCUUCUGUACGUGAAGGCUUGGACAAGGCCAGGGAACGUUCAUUCGUUUAUAAAGAAGCCUUGUCCGAUUUGGAUAAGUUUUUGUCAAAAAGUUUACCAUCAAAGACAACUGAUAUUGAUGAAUCAAAGAAAGAAGACAAUGGGAAUGCAUUUAGUCAUUCUGGGGAACAAGCUAUGGCUGACGAAGAUUACACUCAACUUGAUCCAGAAAUCCAUAAUCUAGUUAAGAAACUAGAUGAGUGCAUUGCAAAGAUUGAUCAAAAGAGGCAGGUUUUAGAGAAUGCAAUUGAGUCAGAAAUCGAAGCACUCAAGAAAGAUCAAAAUGAAACCAGGGAACUAAGGUUGAAUCUUCUUCACGAAUCUGGUGCUACGAGCAGCAACAUUGAAGCUGGAAGCCGGAAGAUUGCUAAUGUGAAGCAAUGGCUGAAUCAGAAGGCACUGAUCAGUGGUGACACUAGUGGAGACCAUGAUCAGGGCAAUAAUUACUCUGUGCUUAUUGUUCAUGAUGAUCGUGAUGCUCGAGACAUCAUUUGGAGAUACGUGAUGGUAGUUGGGACAGAGAAGCACUUUACAUUGGAAUUUCAAGAGGCGAGGAAUGGGAAAGAAGCUGUUUAUCUUCAUCUUGCUGGGGCUUCUUUUGAUCUCAUUAUUAUGGACGAUCAAAUGCCCAUCAUGACUGGAAUACAGGCAACACAGCUGUUACGUAAGAUGGGUGUUAAGAGUCAGAUUAUAGGUUUCGCUUCUGAGUCUGUCCAACAAGCUUUUAUCGACGCUGGCGCCGACGAAUGCCUUCAAAUGCCACUGGAUACCGAAUAGAUCACUGCAUUCCCUAAUUGCAACAAGCAAAGAAGGGCUGAUGCAUCACAAGCUUGAGAGUAUCUGAGUCUCCUUGGUCUGUGUUCGUUUUUUUUUUUUCCUUUGUCCUUUGAUGUAGAGAUGAACUCCAUGGAUAAAGUUUCUGACUACCUUGUGAUUCUAAAAGAGAAAAUAGUUGUAAAAACUAAUAAUCGCUGUGCUUCAAGAUGAAUAUGGAAGUGUUGCUUGCAAAAGCAUAGUAAAUGGAAUGGAAUGGUAGAAAUUGUUAGAACUUGU